UACAACGUAUGGAAAUCACCUUCUUUAUCUUUCAACUGAUUAAUUUAAAAACUUAGUUAUUUUAGAUUGUUAUGUCAUUUUAUUCAGGAGGUUUCUGAAACUAUAUCUUCUAAAAUGAAAUAUUUACUUUUAGUGUUCGUUUUGGGUUUUAUUUCAUCUGUUAACAGUGGAUUCGAUGUAACUACAGUACCCGCGUCAUCAAAAGGGCAAGAGUCAAUACAAUGUAUGCAUUGUCAACGAUGUCCCGAACCCGACACUCACCCGACAAUUCAUUCCUGUCCAGGCUCUUGUGUUAAAUCUGUAAAGUAUAACGUAAUUUCAAAAGGUUGUUCAGAUGUCAGUCUGAUAACAAAGUGUGAUACAGAAGGAAACCACAUAACAGUGUGUGCGUGCGAUUCCGACUACUGCAAUAAAUCUUCUAAAACACGGAUGCCUUUAUUUGAGCUGUUAAUAUCGUGUCUUAUAUUUCUACGUGUAGCAAUUAUUUUUGACUGAUCCGAGGCUUGUUGGUUAAAAAACCUAUUUUGUAGAUAUUGUAUACAAGACAUGAUUUUCCUUGGCACCAUACAAAACUUUUUUCGUCAUUUUUCGUUAAUUGUUUAUACUUAACAAAACGUUUGAGAUGCAAUAGAGCUUUGUAACACAGCACAUAAGGGUCAGUCAAACUUUGGGGUCCAUGACUUUGGAGUGCAUGGCGUACUUUGGGGUCCAAGCUAGUCAAACACGUACUUAGGGGUAAAUUUACCUUAAAAGGUACAUAAUUAUGCUCAGUAUCUUAACAUCAGUUAAACGACCGGUAUUAAGGGUCAUUGAAUUAAAUCAAUAAAAUGAAUUCUAGUAAUAAAAAGUUCUUAAAGCCUAGGUAUAAAUGUAUAUCGUAUCAAAUAUUUAAUAAGAUUUAUCAACAGUAAAAUUAUAUUGGUUCCAUAAUUCAAUGGUAGAUCCCAAAAAAGUUGUAAUGUUAUUUAAUACACAUGAAUGAUGUUCGUAGACAGAAUAAAAUCUGAAACAAAAUAUUAUUUUGCUAUUUAAAAAAGCGUUUUUAUCUAUUUAUCAAUGAUUUUGUGCAUAAAGGCAAUAAAUAACCAUAUUUACUUCAUACAAGCAAUUGUGAAGUAUACUUUUUUUAAAUUCAAACAGAAAUGAGAUAUAUAGCUUUAUACACUUUAAAGCCAGACAUUUGAGCACUUACCAAUUCUUGAAUUGAAACUAUAGGCAAUAAGCUACAAGCUGAAGAGCCACGUUUGUUGUUCGAAAGGGGGUGGGCAUUCGGUAUCCAUAGCGCAAAGUUCGACAGUGGAAAUGAACAUUUUGUAUUUAUAUAUCGACAUUCGAUAUGCAUAAGAUAGAGAGACAUAAAUAAUCCCUAAUGGACGCACAAAACUGAAAAUUUUGCAGGCUUGUUUUGAUUAAGCCUGUUCAGUUUUUUAGGCAGAACACGGUUGGCACUUUCAGAACUUUGGAACCCAAUGUCCAUGUGUGGUUUAAUUUGCGUUUUUGACCCCCAUGUUCGUUUGACCCCAAAGUGCGGCGGAACAAAGAUUUCUUACAUACAUUAUCGCAGAUUAUAUUUCACUAU